UCGACGCUAUCUGUUAUCUGUAGAUCGCCUGUUUGCUGCUAACAGCUGAAGUUAUUGCCAUGUAGCAUAGUGCUAGCUAGUGAGUUACAUCUAACACGCUUUUGCAUCUACUUCUGUCGUUUUUUUUUUGCGGUGUAAAGUCUGUUUUUAAAAUGUUGAGUUCUACAUGGAAUUUCAUCAAACGCCAUAAGAGGAAAUUCAUCUUCACUGGGGUUUUUGUUGGAGGUGUCUAUCUACUUGGUAAAUAUGCACAAAGAAAAAUGCAGGAGAUGCAGGAGCGAGAGGCAGCUGAAUACAUUGCUCAAGCUCGGAGACAGUUUCAUUUUGAAAGCAACCAGAGGACGUGUAACAUGACGGUGUUAUCAAUGCUCCCCACUCUCCGAGAGGCAAUCAUACAUCACCUGAACUCAGAGAGCCUCACCGCUUUGCUGAAGACUAA